AGCAAGGAGCAGGAGCAGGUACAGAGAGCCGAGACGCCCCGGUCCCCCACUCCUCAGCCGCUGUUUCUCUUUGCUCCCUCAGGGGUACGCCAUGAACUCCUUCCUGGAGUACCUGGCGCGGGGCGGGGACGGCCUGAGCUUAGCAGGCAAGUUUGGGGGCGCAGAGCCGGGCGGGGUGGCUCCGCGGCCUCCCUGUCCCCUCUCCGCGGGCGGAGAAAGCGCCUACGCAGCGCCAGCAGCAGGGAGUCUGCCUGACUUCUCGCUGCGCCCAGCGCAACAGCAGGAGCAGCAACAGCUAGCGCCCUGUGCGCUUGCGCGGAGCGCUUUUGCCUCCGCGGAGUACAGCUUGCUGCACCCCGAGGCGCCCUACGCAGCCCCCGGCUCCCAACGCGAGGCCGGAGCCCCAGGGCCCUACGCCACCGCCAUCUUCUCAGGCGGCGCCGCCGCCGCGUACCUGCAUGUGGACUACAACGCGCUCACGGAGACCUUUCAGCCUUGCGCCAAGGAUGCGCCUCGGCCUUCGGAUUGCUGCCCCAAGGCCCGCUCUCCAGCUGCGUUCAGCACCUUCGAGUGGAUGAAAGUCAAGAGGAAUGCGCCCCCCAAAGGCAAACUCUCCGCCUAUUCUUCCAGUCCUCCCAGUGCUGUAAGGACCAAUUUCAGCACCAAGCAACUGACGGAGCUGGAGAAAGAGUUUCAUUUCAAUAAAUACCUCACCCGGGCCCGCCGCAUAGAGAUAGCUAAAUCUCUGGGCCUCAAUGACACUCAGGUGAAAAUCUGGUUCCAGAAUCGGAGGAUGAAGCAGAAGAAGCGGGAAAGGGAAGGCGUGGUCCCUCCGUCCGUUGCCUCUUUUCAUGUCUCCCCCUCGGAAACGAGUCCCUCACAGCCAGAGAUACGUUCUCCAUCCUCUUCUCCUGCGCAGAGCUCGCCUUGACGCUCUGACACUCUGCUAGUUAGGGACAACGACGUGGGACUGAAAAGUCUGCGAGAACCGAAUGCAGAAACCGGAAGACUGUAUAUACUGCGUUUAAUCCUGCACAUUUUAAGGCAAGGGAAAAGAAAGGACAAUCGUUGCACUAUGCUUCAUGCUAGCCUUGGAAAAAGUCUGGCUUUCUGUUGUGUUCGAUGGAUGCCUGCUUCUUUAGACAGAACUGAUUCCAAGCACAAACGGCGUAUUAUGUCUUGUUUACAUUUUAUUUAUAUGUAUUUCAGGGAUAACUGCUCUCAGCCAGUACAUGCUGCUAAACUUUGCUAUUGGCCUUGUGGAGUUAAUUUACAGUCCGAUCUUAAACAUGUUUACUUAUAAGUGUAACUUGACUUACACUGAGAAGUAACCCCAACAGGGUUACUUCCAUGUAGGAUAGGAUCUCAGAUUCUUCCAUAGGAUUCAGCCUUGGUCUAUUGGCCACAAUACUGCUUUUAUUUGUGUGUUUCAUUAUUUGCACGAGGUUGUUUUUGAAAGGGUGCAAAAAGAUGUGAGGGUUGUUUUUUUUUAAGGAAAUGCAGGGGGUAACUUAUUUUAAAAGAUAACUUCUGCUGUUUGCCUUUUAAAAACGUUCUUUGAAAAGUUACUUUGGUUGGAAAUAUAACAUGGGCACUAAAGGACUUCUCAAUGCUUCUCCAUGGUGCCUCAGAGUAAACACAAUCAUAAGGAGACUGUCAGUGGAGCUUUUAUGUGGGUAAUCCAAUUACUUUUCCUUUCUAGGGGUAAAUCUGGGACCCCAUGUACUUGUCAGAAAGUUCCAUUCAAACCAGCAGGGGUGCAGGCAGAUGGAACAUACCUGCCAACACCUCCCUAAAAUAGGGACAUGAUGGCAGGUAUGAGGGAAAGCUUGAGAAGCAAUUCCUCACUUAAAGGGUGGGGGGGGGAGGAAAUACA